AUGCAAGCUCUGCGAUGCAAGCUCUGCGACACGAGACUAACUGUAUGCAGAGACGACGACGACUGGACCGCUGGCGGCCAGCAAUUCAACAAUGACGACGACGACGACAUGGUCGGUGGCUCCGGCCAGAACAUUACUAACGACGACGACGACGAAGACGACACGGCUAGUCCCUCCUCUGCCGCACCGCUGCCUGCUCCUAAGAAGAAGAGAGGUCGUCCUACGGGUACGACGAAAGUCACUCGUAGGCGACCUGUGGUCGCUAGCAAGUAG